AUGACUUACUUGACUUUACGCAGACCGACAGGAAACCCAUUCAGGUUUUACAGCCCAUUUUUCGCGCCACAGCACACAAGGACCGAUGCGGACAGGCACAACUGGACACCCUCGGUAGAUAUUUCGGAAACAGACGACGGCUUUGAAGUCCGUGCUGAGCUACCCGGGAUUGCAAAGGACGAUGUCCAUGUUUCUGUCAAAGAUAACCUCUUGACGCUCAGUGGGGAAAAGCGACAGGAAAAGGCGGACGAUACCCAAAACUACCGCCGAGUCGAACGACGUUAUGGGAGUUUCCAACGGAGAUUCACACUUCCAGCGGAAGUGGCGACAGAUAGCAUCAAAGCUAAAUUCGGUGACGGUGUGCUGACGCCUCCUUCCGAGCCGGAAGCCGCGUUAAAAACCGACACCCGCGACACCCGAUCACAACAUGUAUCCUAA